CGCUCCUUGAGGCCAGCGGCCGGGCGGCGGCGGCGGCGGCGGCAGCAGGGCGAGCCCGGAGGAUGCAGAGGGGCAGAGCGGCCGCCCUGUCGUCUCGCCCUCCCCGGGGGGCGGCUGGCGCCUGGCCCCGGCGGCCGCUGGCGGGCCGGAGGCGGCCCCGCCGAGGAUGAGCGCGGGCUGCGGGCGGGACCCCCCCGGGAAGAGAGCGCGGCUCGGCCCCGGUCCCUGCCAGGAGGGGCCUGGGGGCAGCAGCUCCGCCGGCGGCAGCCCCGCCACCGCCGUGGGGAACAGAGCUUGUAAACAACGGACAAUUACCACUUGGCUGGAGAAUAAAGGACCCAAGACGACUGAGUCUAAAAGCUUACAAAGCAAAAUCAGUAACAAUACUGAAGCAAAUACCAAGAUGACUUCCAUUAAAAAAGAAAACUUCUGUGAGCACGAUGUGAAAAAGCUAGAGAAUGUUUGUCAGCAAAAUUAUCAAAAAAUACCUGUGGAAGUUGGUGCAAAGCACGUAAAUUUGCCUCAGACAGGCAGUGUGUAUAACUGGGAGGCUGAGGACAAAGAUCCAAUCUUGGACAGAGAGACUGUGAAGGUCGGGCAGUCUGGAGACCUCUUUAAAAACGCCAACAUCGAUCAGAUGCACAAAAUUGGCAAGCAGGUUCAAAGAGGCUGUGAAGAAAGCGGUGAUACUUGGACUCAGAGGAAGCUGUCAUCGGGCCGGUCUUUGAAAAUGGGAAAUACAAAACUUUCUUCAAAAGACACUGAGAUAGAUGGACAAGUGGCUUCGUGCAAUUCGCAGAAGCCGAAGAGUUGCAAUUCUGUCGAUGUGGUCUGUAUAACGGGUGAGCAAGAAGAAGGGGAUGUAGUUCCAGAAAGCCCACUUUCAGACGCUGGUUGUGAUGCUUGCGUACCUGAUCUGGGGGGUCCUGGUAAACUGAGCAAAUGCCCAAGUAGUUCAGGGGAUUCACCUGCUUUUGAGAAAGAAAGUGAGCCAGAGUCACCAAUGGAUGUAGACAAUUCUAAAAAUAGCUGUCAUGGCUCAGAGGCUGAUGAAGAAACAAGUCCGUUUCUUGACGAGCGAGAGGAGAAUAGUAUGUCCAAAUCCAUAAACAAGUCUUUUAGAAUUCAGUAUGGGGAUGCUGAACUGGAGUCAAGGAAGUCACGAUUUUCUGCCAAGGGUUGUGAAGGCUUUGAGGGAAUAGAUAACUCCCUCAAAGAGGACGAUCUGCAUACAAAAUCACCUGGGAUCUUUCCUGCUACAUCAUCAGAAUGCAAAGGUGCAAAACCGAGUGUGAAGAAAGACUCCAAAAUCACCUCUCACUUCAUGAGGAUACCUAAAAUUGAGGAAAAAAGGAAAGAAAAGUGUGAAUUCAAACCCCAGAGGCCAGGAAGGAAGAUACCUAAAUAUAUGCCACCUCCUCUUCCAACUAAUAAGAAGUGGUUUGGGACACCAAUUGAAGAGAUGAGAAGAAUGCCCAUGUGCGGGGCCCGUCUUCCUCACCUGAGACCCUCAGCCAAUCAUACAGUAACCAUCAGAGUAGAUCUUCUGAGGGAAGGAGAGGUACCUAAACCUUUCCCAACUCACUACAAAGAUUUGUGGGACAACAAACAUGUUAAAAUGCCGUGCUCAGAACAAAAUUUAUACCCUGUAGAGGAUGAGAAUGGAGAUAGAACUGCUGGAAGUCGAUGGGAACUAAUCCAAACUGCCUUACUUAACAAAUUUACAUGCUCCCACGAUUUGAAGGAGGCUAUACUGAGAUACAACGUUGCUUAUGCCAAGAAAUGGGACUUCACAGCUCUUACUGACUUCUGUGACAAGAUUCUUGAAGAUGCAGAGGCCCAGCAUUUGUUCCAGUCCAUUCUUCCUGAUAUGGUCAAGCUUGCGCUUUGUCUCCCUAGUAUCUGCACACAGCCAGUACCUCUACUGAAACAAAAGAUGAAUCACUCCAUCACCAUGUCACAAGAACAGAUUGCUAGCUUUCUGGCCAAUGCUUUCUUCUGUACUUUUCCACGUCGCAAUGCGAAGAUGAAGUCCGAGUAUUCUAGUUAUCCAGACAUUAACUUCAACAGAUUGUUUGAAGGACGGUCACCAAGGAAGCCUGAGAAACUUAAGACGCUUUUCUGCUAUUUUAGAAGAGUCACAGAAAAAAAACCUACUGGAUUGGUGACGUUUACAAGGCAAAGUCUCCAGGAGUUUCCAGACUGGGAAAGAUCUCAGAAAAAGCUGUCUAAAUUGCAUGUCACCUAUGAGGGCACUAUUGAAGGCAAUGGACAAGGUAUGCUACAGGUUGAUUUUGCAAACCGUUUUGUUGGAGGUGGUGUCACUGGGGCAGGACUAGUACAAGAAGAAAUUCGUUUUUUAAUCAACCCAGAAUUGAUUGUAUCGAGGCUCAUCACUGAAGUCUUGGAUCACAAUGAAUGUCUUAUCAUCACAGGUACUGAGCAGUACAGUGAAUAUACAGGCUAUGCAGAAACUUACCGGUGGGCAAGAAGCCAUGAAGAUAAGACCCCAAGGGAUGAAUGGCAGCGACGCUGCACUGAAAUUGUCGCUAUAGAUGCAUUCCACUUCAGACGUUUCCUUGAUCAGUUUGGUCCAGAGAAAAUCAGAAGAGAGCUCAACAAGGCCUACUGUGGCUUCUCUCGACCCAAUGUUCCGCCUCAACAUCUCUCUGCAAUAGCCACAGGAAACUGGGGAUGUGGUGCCUUUGGAGGGGACUCCAGAUUAAAAGCCUUAAUACAGAUAUUGGCAGCUGCUGAGUCUGGACGCGAUGUUGUUUAUUUUACCUUUGGAGAUGUGGAGCUGAUGCGAGAUAUUUACAGCAUGCACACUUUUCUCUGUGAGAAGGGCCAAACUGUUGGGGACAUUUAUAGGCUGUUACUCAGAUACUACAAUGAAGAAUGCAGAUGCUGUUCUACUUCAGGACCAGAUGUCAAGCUGUACUCUUUCAUAUAUAACACCGUUGAGUCCUAUGCAGAUUCUACUGAUGAUGAUGAUGAUGAAGAAAAAGGGUUGUGCUUUGAGGACUAAAAUAAAUGUGCUUGAUCAGAAUACUGUUCAACUCCUCCUCCCACUGGUAUAUUGUUUGAAUUGCUGAGUGUAAUGUAUGAAUUGGAUAACUUAAUAUAUAUUGAUUGCGUUGGUAGUUAUCAAACAUCCAAACAAAAAUUGAACUAUGAGAGAAGUGGUUUUUUUGAUAGUUUCAUACAUGAAAACCUUGUUCAUGUGUGUACAGAAAGGAUUUCCUUUGCAAAUCUAGUUUGCAUUAUACCUUGUUAAGCAGGAGAUUUUGGACACACUUGUAUUUCAGUCAAGAGAUUGCUGAAAGACUUCAGAAGAUUUCUCUGUACUCUUCUGCCUUUAUUUUUGAGAGAUCUUAUCUAGAUUUCUCACUGAACGUAGUGCUGGAGUAUGUGGAGCUGUAUCGCUCCUGGGCUGAUUUUUAGAGAGAAGCACUGUAAGGGUCAUUUGUACUGAAAGUUGUAAUAAUUUGAUUACCUCGUUAAGACUGCCACGGUACUUUCAUUGUUCUUAUCAACUUUUUCAUUGAUUUAACUUAAUGUCCUGUUUCUAAUAUACUUUUUAAUAAAUGGUUAAAGAUGAAAAGAUUGUGGAGGGAGCUGUAACGUAUUUCACAACUGCUUUAUCUUUACCAAAUCAGACAGAAGUUAUCAUGAAGAAGUAGAGAGAGUCUGAAGUAUAGAAGGUUAGGAAAAUGAGAAAUGUGAUCAAAGUUAUAAACAGAAAGAAACAUUUUUCAUGUGAGACUUCUAAAAGCUGUUCUGUUGGUGCUGUUACAACUGAACUGAACAAGGUCUUAAACAUAGUAUAUCUGAAGUUUCUCAAAGUUCACUGUUGUUGGCAACUUCAUCUGAAUUAAUCGUGUUUAUAUUCUCAUAUCAGUUCUCCUUUAUUGCAAUGUCCAUAUAUGUGAGCAUAAGAUCCCCAUGGGAUAACGUAAGGUAAUGGAAAUCAUUUACUUAUCAGUGGGAGGAACAUCUUCAAGCUACAGAUGAGAACGUGUAAGGUGUUGUUAGGAGUUUGUGCCCUUGUCUUUUGAGGCAUGGGAAUGAUUAUGUUGAAGGAGGGUCAAAAGGCAUGUAAAAGCUGUGCUAUUAUUGUCUCUGUGAAUACCAAAUUAAUGUUUCUAUAGUACAUUAAUAUUUUACACAAAACUGCAGAUAAAUCUGUGAAAAAACUUUUCCAGGUCUGUGUACAGGGCCAAUUCAAUAAAAUGUUAGUUUUAGAAAUUUAAACUGAAUUUAAGUUUAAGCCCAAAUUGCUUAGUUUAACCUCUUCUGUAUUAGAUUUGUCUGGUCUGCCAUAGCUAUUACCAGCUUAGCAAUACAAGUAAAACAGCAGCAGGAAACGUAGGGAGCUAAGGCUGUAGUACCAACACAUCCUUUUGGCUAAUGUCUGAUAAGACCUCUCUAAUUCUGAAGUAUAACUUAAUAAUUAAAUGCUGGAAGCUGUUGGUAGUCUGGCUUGCGAUAAAGCACUCACUGCUUGAGCUGCUCAGGUGGGAGAGCAGCAUUGAAGUGUUUUGGUCAUUUGCAAAUACCUGCAGAAUGCUCCACCAGGGUGUUGACACUGCAGUGGGCCGGUUGGAAGUGUAUUGCUCAAAAGGUGAUGGACACAGCAGCUUAAGCGAUUUCUUCCUAUUAUUCUUACCAGCUGUGGUUUUCUCCACCCACAUCCGUUUUA